AGUCACCGUGUUCACCGUAUCGCUAGCUAUAGGGCCAGCAACAACAGCAGUUCUGGUCAAUGGCUUAUCCUCACAGUACCUUGCGCGAAACUUCACAUGCCUCAAAUUAUCAAAAUCCACGAGAAGCAUCAGACAAUUCUGAUGAAGAGGACAUAGAACUGCUAGAGUUAGAGCGCUCUCGAUGCAACGCGGACGAAGCAUUCAAUACGUACUCUCCGUCUUCUCAGGAAUUUGACGAGGAAGCAGAGCAUAGAUUGAAGGUGUUGAGCUGGAAGAAAAGACGAUGGUGGAAAAGGCCGUCCCCAAUCUGGGUUCUUAUCCAUGUUCCUCUCUUUUUCAUUUGCUCGUCAAUAGCGAUAGGCCCUUCAAUUGAAAUAUACACAAAUCUUGCCUGCCAUAGGCACAAGCCGGAGUUUUUCUUAGGUUCUGUCGUGUCUCGUGGAUCUGUUCGUUCUGAGGUACCGGUAGCCGGAGCCUAUUCCAGCGAGUUCGUAUCCUGGAGGGAAAUAUCGCCCCCCAAUGGCACGGUAGUGGAAGAAGGUAAUAGCACAAUACAGCAGCGAUGUGCAUCAGAUCCAGACGUGCAAGCUGCUGUCGCACAAUUGUUGGCUGGUAGGUUCAUAGCUAUCCCAGACUUGUGAUAAGCCAUGACUUAAUUUUAAUUGGUAGCAAUGAGUACCUCAAUGGGGGUACUCAGUUGUCUUACUUCUGCUUGGUGGGGUUCUUUAUCCGAUCGCUAUGGUCGUACACGCCUUAUGUGUCUGGCCGUCACUGGUCUAGUCGCUUUAGACAUCAACUUCCUCAUCGUCAAUCUGUUUGCUGACCGUCUCCCUGGCGGGUAUUGGUUUUUAAUAAUCGGACCACUAAUUGAUGGCUGUGUUGGAGGCGUGGCUUUUGCAGAUGCUUCAAUACAGGCAUACCUGUCUGACUGCGUUGAUCGCAAUUCGCGAUCUCGUGUAUUCGCUCUGUCUUUGGGCCUUGCGUCCGCUGGGGGGGCAGUCGGACCUAUAAUCGGAGCGUUUCUCCUUCGAUUCACACAACGGCCGUUAUCAGUAUAUUAUUUGAUCGCUCUUAUUCACGUUGUUCAGAUGCUCAUGCUUGGCCUUGCACCCGAGUCCCUUUCUUAUUCACAAAUGGCAGCUGCUCGCCUGCAGCAUGCUGAGCGGCAGCGGGUGGCGUCGAGGGACCAGCAAAGAUCAGGAAAGCUGAACGUGCUUCUUGUUAGAUUUUUGACAUGUUUGAGAAAAAUCAAGCACCAAAAUCCGUUUAGUGUUUUGAUGCCAGCCGUGUCGGAAGUAAACUCGAUAAAGAAGUGGAGUAAUGACUGGAGUCUGUGCUUAGUGGCCGGAAGUUAUGGACUGAUGAUCCUAGUCGACGAAUCUUACCUGUACCAGUAUCAAUUUGCUGCUGCUGCCUUUGGCUGGUCAUCUGAAGCGAUCAAUGUUAAUGUAUCGCUUUGGGGGGGAGUGCGAGCCUUACAUUUGGUUGUGCUGCUGCCAGCUAUUAUCAAACUUCUCAAGCCCAAACCAUCUUCCCCGUCUAUUGAUGCUCAAACGAUCAACUCGUCUUCACUCACACCUACUUUAUUGGCUAAGCCCCACAAUUUGCGUAGCGCAGCGUCUUUUGACCUCGCUCUCUCCCGCAUCUCACUUUUUGUCCUUGUCUUUGCUUAUCUAAUCAUAGCACUCGACGGCACACCAUGGGCGUUUAAUACGUUCACUGUACUUGGUGCCUUAUCAUCUGGGUUCUUACCGGCCGUGCAGAGCAUCGCGCUUGAACUGCAUGCAAAUCGUACUAGCGGCAGAGAAGAGUCAGGUAAAUUGCUUGGCGUGCUAAGCCUGGUGAGGGCGCUGGGGUCACAAAUCAUAGGCCCUGCAUUCUAUGGGUUUACGUAUCUCAAAACAGUCGCUAUCUUUCCACGCGCUAUAUUCGUCGUCUCCACCAUCAUCGUAGGAAUUGGAUUUGUCCUGCUCAUAUUUGUCAAAGUACCCAAAGAAAGCUCGAAUUUCCAGUUGGAGGAGGAAUCAGAGUUGGAUGCCAACGAGGCACUGUUAGAAGAGCAACGUCACGAUGAUGGAGAUGAUGGCGACGGACGAGGAGUGUUCGCUCUAUAGACGGGUAUUGAGAUAUAUUAACAUAGAAGCUAUCAUACUUGCGACUGUAUCAAUGCAGAUAAAAAACAUUA